AUGUGCACGGAGACUUGGCGGGGCGCGGGCGUGACCCGCUCGCCCUCACACGAUUCAUUCACUACGGACUCCCUCUCCCUGUUUAGUGUGUCCUCCGCAGCCUCUGAUGCUCGGGUGCUACGGCUCCUAGCUUCUAAGGCUGGUCAAGGUCCCGAUCCAGCCAUUAGGGUUGCCAGUCCCAAUCCAGAUGGUAAGGCGUCUAAACGAUCGUCCGCGGCUCUACCGCUGUCCUCCGGGGAGAGUGGGGACGCGUGUCGCGAAGUCCUGGCGGGCUGUGCUGCUCUAUGCGCUCAGUUAGGGCUCCGCAGGUCCUUCAGCUCUGGGGACGUGUGCGCCCCACACAUGGCACCCCCGCCGCGGAGUGCUACGUCGGAAGUGGGGCUGUGUGCCGCACUGGAGGCUCUAACUUUAAACGCUGCCUCGCGCUCCUGCAGUACUUGGGUCGCAGUGGGUGGUUCCCAGUUGCCGUCUCCACAACGCGGGCACCCAUCACAUACUGGACCACGUCAACUACCCAGUGACAAUAAGAAGGUUCGUCAGAAUUAUAUAAAGAAACGCCUGCUCACCACAUACAGGGCCUUGGAGAGAAUGUCCCAGUCCGAAUUCAAUUUAGACAGGCUAGAGCAAGCGGCCGCGGCGUCCGCAGCGGGGCGGGGAGGGGGCGUGCCCGUGCUGCCUGCGCCGCGCGCGCACACGCGUCUGCUGCAUCCCGAAGCGGCGCACCUAGUCCUGACCGCCGCGGACUUGGAACGUGAACGCGGCCGCCCACUCUCCAAGUAUGAGAGGAACAUGAUGAUAUUCAACUGGCUCCACACCCUGGACGAGGGGGCGCCUUUCUAG